CUGUAGUUCUGGGUCCAGACGUAGAUGCGCGUCUCAUCGUCUUGAAGCUCGGAUGAUGAGAUUGACUGAAUUCUUACAACAUGACAAGUUUGUUUUCUGAAAGUUUAUUUCCUAUUUCUGUCAUUGAUGCAUUGAAGGCUUCUUUUGCUUUGAGUUGUUAAGUUUUAGAACAGACUUUGCCUAUGAAAGUCCCAGCCUUUGCUCGACGGGGAGGAGGUUCACACGAAGGUCUCUGAGCCACAACCUUUCUCAUAUCGCUCAGCCUCCGGACGCGCUCGAGUCUCUGCUCUGAACUUGACGGCGCCGAAAAUGGAAAAUAAAAUAAACGGACGGAUGAGCGCCAUCAGUUCUUCGAUCGCCGAUUCCACCGACACAGCGGUAAGUGACUUAAUUGAAGCUGGGUUCGGCACCAAGUUACCCGAGUCACCGUCUCUAACCUGCAUGUCCUCCACCGUGCGUAAUUUUGGAAACGCCGACGCACUGAUCCACGGUCUGAAUCCAGGCGACGGCACCGUUUUCAAGGAGUGCAGUGCGCUCGCGGGUCCGUUCACGGAAAAACCCUUCUACGACCGUAGCGGUGAAUAUCUGAAGUGUGAUGGCGUGCCGUGGGAGGACUUGGUGAAAGUUCAGAGGGCGAUUGUGGCCGCGUCCGAAAACGUGCCAGGCGCAGGUUUGAGUCUGGGCUCGACAACCGGCGCGUGCAAGUUCAUCAAAGGUGAAAAUGAAGCUUCUAUGAUAAUGGAAGCUCCGUGUCCCACUUUCGAUCUUUCGUCGGAGAUUCCGGGCGACACCUGCUGUGACACCGACAGGAAGCUGCAUCUGGGGCUCAAUGAGGGGGAGCCGACGGGAUUCACGACCGCUGCUGCUCCUCGGUCGGGGCUGGAGACACCUCCGAACUUUCUGAUGGACCUGAACCAGUCCGAGCAGCUGUUGAGCCAGGUGCGCACUGACUCCAGGUGCAGCUCCGCAACUAAAGCUGCCGUAACGCAGAUGCCAGCGUAUAGGAGCUGGUCUCCGGCGGAACCUCAGUACUGGUGCCAGGCAACAGGUGGACCCGAGGAGCGGUUCCCCCAGAGCGUGUACGACGGCAUCCCGAACCCGAACCAGGCGCUGUCUCAGAGGAACCCAUCAGCCUUUCCCACAUUCCCCGGGAUGCCGCCUCAGAGACAGUGCGUCAUAUGCGGCGACGAGGCGUCCGGCUGCCACUACGGAGUCUUAACGUGCGGCAGCUGCAAGGUGUUCUUCAAACGGGCGGUUGAAGGGCAUCACAGCUAUCUGUGCGCCGGCAGGAACGACUGCAUCGUCGACAAGAUCCGGAGGAAGAACUGCCCCGCGUGCCGUCUGCGGAAGUGCUACCAGGCUGGAAUGAUGCUCGGAGGCAGGAAGCUGAAGCGCUUCGGGGCCCUGAAGGCGUUGGGCCUGGUCCCGUCCCUCGUGUUCCAGUCCCACCUGUCCGUCCCCGGCGACGCCCAGGCGCUGGCCUCCUCCUGCAAAGCCGGCAUCCGCGAGGUGCAGCUCAACCAGCAGAUCGUGGGCAUCCUGGAGAACAUCGAGCCGGAGAUCGUGCAGUCGGGCUACGACAACUCGCAGCCGGACGUCCCCCACCUGCUGCUCACCAGCCUCAACCGGCUGUGCGAGAAGCAGCUGCUGUGGAUCGUCAAGUGGUCCAAGUCUCUGCCAGGGUUCCGUAAUCUCCACAUCACCGAUCAGAUGACCCUCAUCCAGUACUCGUGGAUGAACCUGAUGGUGUUCUCGCUCGGCUGGCGCUCCUUCCAGAACGUCAGCAGCGAAUACUUGUACUUCGCGCCCGACAUGGUCCUCAGCCAGGAGCAAAUGAGGAGGUCUCCGAUUUACGAUCUCUGCCUGGCGAUACAGUUCAUCCCUCAGGAGUUUGCAAACCUUCAAGUUACGCGUGAGGAGUUCCUCUGCAUGAAAGCAAUCAUACUGUUGAACACAGUGCCUCUUGAGGGACUCAAAAGUCAGGCAGCCUUUGAAGAGAUGAGGCAAAACUACAUCCGGGAGCUGACCAAGGCCAUCCACAUGCGGGAGAAGGGCGUGGUGGCCAGCUCGCAGCGCUUCUACCACCUCACCAAGCUGAUGGACGCCAUGCACGAUAUAGUGAAAAAGGUCAACCUGUUCUGUCUGAGCACGUUCAUCCAGGCGGAGGCCAUGAAGGUGGAGUUCCCAGAGAUGAUGUCAGAGGUCAUUGCCUCCCAGCUUCCCAAGGUCCUGGCAGGGAUGGUGAGGCCCCUCCUGUUCCACACCAAGUGACGCCACAGCUCGAAUUCACAGCCUUCAGCGUCACUUGCUGAAUUGUAACUCAUGCUUUUUUUGAUGGACUAAAAUGAAUGUGCUCCUCAAAAUGUUAUUUAGCAGAGAAAUAUUGUGAAUGUUAUAAAUUCAGAGGCAUUAAUCAGUGUUCCCUGAAUCAUUUUAGUGUUUCGAUCCAUUUCAUGGUACUUGGUAUUCGUCAAGUUUUGUGAGCCCCUGGAGAAACUGAUAUUUUUGUACUGAAGCUGAAAAAAGCAUUAAAAAAAUCAGUUUAUCACCAAAUGUUAUUUUAAUGAAGCAGGAUUUCAAUGAAGCAGCAGCUUAAACAAAUUAAAUAAUUUUAUUGUUAUCAGCAGAUUUGAUGAAGUCUGAGUCCAUAAAUGUUAAUCUACAUCUGCAUUUUUAUUAAAACACAUGUUUCUGUGA